AUGUGGGGAGAGCUGCUUGAACUAGAAGCCAACACCACAGAGAGCAGACCUGUUUCAUUUGAACAGGUGGAUCCAGCUGUUCUUGAAGCUGGCCCGUGCUGGGCUGUUGGAGAGCUCGAGCUGCAAGCCACCGAGCGCGAGCUCGAGCGCGGCGCGCUGGCCGGGGAACCCAAGAGCGCACGGCGCCCCAAGAUGGCAGGCGCCGCGGGACGCCCCCACCCUCGCCGGCUGCCCUUCCCCGGGCGCCCCUACCCUCCUCGCCCGCAGGAGACCCUGGGCUUCCCCGGAGGAGCUCACCCCAAGGGGCCAGGACUCCGGCGAGCCCGCCACCGUCCCCUCGAGUGCCGCCGCCACCACCGCAGCCGCGGGAGCAGCAUGGUCCACCUGGGGAAGCUGCUCCGCGCCCUGACUCUGGCGAAGUUUCCCUGCUGCGUGCUGGAGGUGCUUCUGUGCGCGCUGGCGGCGGCGGCGCGCGGCCAGGAGAUGUACGCCCCGCACUCCAUUCGGAUCGAGGGGGACGUCACCCUCGGGGGGCUGUUCCCGGUGUACGCGAAGGGUCCCAGCGGAGUGCCCUGCGGCGAUAUCAAGAGGAAGAACGGGAUCCACGGGCUGGAAGCGAUGCUCUACGCCCUGGACCAGAUCAACAGCGAUCCCAACCUGCUGCCCAACGUGAGGCUGGGAGCGCGGAUCCUGGACACUUGUUCCAGGGACACUUAUGCGCUCGAACAGUCGCUCACUUUCGUCCAGGCGCUCAUCCAGAAGGACACCUCCGAAGUGCGCUGCACCAACGGCGAGCCUCCGGUUUUCGUCAAGCCCGAGAAAGUAGUUGGAGUGAUUGGGGCUUCGGGGAGUUCGGUCUCCAUCAUGGUAGCCAACAUCCUGAGGCUUUUCCAGGUUGAUGGGCGCUACGGGAUAAGGAAAAGGAUGUGAAGCUCACUGAAGAGGCUUGGGUUGGGAGUGCUGGAGGAGUGUACAUAGACUCAGCACCUUUCUGUACAGAAAUGGAGACAGGAAGAGGCCAGAGGAUGAAUGACAGGCACGAAUGAGGUGGAACUUUGAAGAGCAACAUGGAAAUAAAAUACUUCUUUUGUAUUUGGUAGGUGGG